GUUGCAUGACAAGAAGCGAGGUUGAGGGUUCGGAGAACACACACAGGAAACUGCGCUGACUGAUAACACAGGCAAGAAAACGACGUAUGGUGUGUCUGAGGGGUGCGGCUUAUUCCUGGACAUGGCAGGUCUUUAUGGACUGAUCCUGGUGCUCUUUGCUGGGCUGCUGGGCUUGACCAAUUGCGACUCCUCAUCUACUCCACCCACCAGUCCUCCACGCACCACUUCAAACCUUGCUCCCACAACAGCCCGAACCACUCUCAAAACAGCACCGCCCGCACCCAAACUUGCAGUCACCAGCACCACGCCUCACACCCCUGAAAACCAAGCACCACCCACAUCUGCCAGCUCACUUGCACCCAGCCAUGCACCCUCUAGCUCAAACAAAGUCUCAUCAUCAGACCCCUUCCUUGCAAACACCACUACAUCUCUUCCGUCCACCUCAUCUAAUGUCACUCAAAACCAAGAAGUUUCAGAUGGAGGCAAUCAGUCUUCCACCCCACCUGCACGCACCCACGCAUCUCUUGCUCCCACUUCAUCCAAUGCCUCCUCCAGCACAGAAGCAAACAACUCAUCCAGGCCCUCAAUCCCAAUCACCCCUGACCCUGCAAGCACAACCCCAACUCAGACCACGCCUGCACUCACUACAAUACCCACCACUGUUCCACCCACAGGUUUGCCUUAAUGUCUGAAGGGCAUACCACAGGAGUUAAUGGGAUGCAUUUGUAAAUUGAUCUGAAUACAUUUGUUUGAUUGAAUUAGCUUUGCAAUGGCUCUAACUGUUUUAUUUACUCCCUUUCACCCACUCUCCCCUCCCC